CGGGCUUGAGAUUUUUAGUUUUAUAUUUUUUAAACGGGCCGGAAGGGUUUGGGCCUGCUGGAUGGAUACAUGAAGAGAGCAGCUCGUUAGGGCUCCAAUGUACCUUAAUUCUACAGAUUUCUUAUUUUCCAGACCCGUACCGGAGAAGUUAGGCCAUUCGCCGCCGGAGGGUCAUCGCCGGCCAUCUCUCUCUCUCUCUCUCUCUCUCUCUCUCUCUCUCUCUCUCAUUUCAGAUAAUCAGUGCAAAAGAAUCGGACCUCGGGUGAAAUGGUGAGAAGUCUGAAGAGCCACCACGAAGAGGAAGAAGAAGACGAAGAUGAGGAAUUUGUCUCCAGAACAACAGAUGCUACUUCUCAUAUAGCAAAAGCAGAUGGAAAAGGCACCGGUCAGAAGGGCAACGCGCCUCGGUCCAAGCAUUCCGAGACGGAACAGCGUCGGAGGUGCAAAAUUAACGAGAGAUUUCAGAUGUUGAAGGAUCUCCUACCUCAAAAUGAUCAGAAGAGAGACAAAGCUUCACUUUUAUUGGAGGUUAUUGAGUACGUCCAGUUUUUACAGGAGAAGUUACAGUUGUAUGAAGGGCCGUACCAAGGUUGGACUCAGGUGCCCUCAAAGUUGAUGCCAUGGAAAAGCAAUUCUGCGCCUGUAGAAAGUUUUAUGGAUCCAUCGCAACUCAUGAGGAAUGGAUCUGGUCAGGAAGAUAAUACUGUUGUCAUGCCAGCCAUGCUCUCUAAUGCACGUAACUCAGCAGAAUCUGACUUGGGUGAGGCUGAUGCAUAUGAUGCAUUAAAUCAUCCCCCUAUGGCAUCGAAUCAAGCAACUCCAAGUCAAAUACCAUUGCAAUCUGGUGUUCUUGAGGAUAUGCAUACACAAGCUCAUCAAACAUCUGUUUCUUAUUCUGGGCAGUUGGCUUCCCAGUCCCAAUCGCAAUUUUGGCAGGUUAGACAAUCUACAACUGAGAAUGCUGUUACAAGCUAUGCUCUUGGUGAACAGGAAGAGCUCAAAGUUGGAAGUGCUGAAGCUAGCUUUUCGAAUGCCUACUCCCAAGGGUUAUUGAAUACCUUGACUCAAGCGCUGCAAUCUUCCGGAGUGGAUUUGUCACAGGCCAGCAUCUCAGUGCAGCUUGAUGUUGGAAAACGAGCAAAUACUGGACCGACUACUACAUUUGGUGAAAAGGAUCCUCAGAACUAUUCUCCUGGCAAUCAGUUGAGGGCAGUCCAUGGGCUUGGGAGCAGCUAUGAUGACUCCGGUCAAGCUCAUAAAAGGCUGAGGACCUAACGUAUCUAGUGGAUGCUGUCCCCCCAGAUGAACCUAUUACAUAUAUUUAUCCUCUUCUUCUACCUCAGAAGGCUUCCAUGCAAACAUUGUGAAGCUGCUUUUUGUUCAGAUGGCAUUCAUUUUACCAAUGUCAAAGUUCUUAGGCUGUUUCUGUUUGUCUGUUCUUUGUGAAAUGUAAUUAGCUGUAAAUUUAUAGUACCAAGUUAUAUCUUCUUUUACAAUCUCCAAGUAGUAAACAUCUUGAUCUCAUUUAUACUAGUAUCAUAUGAAAUUGUCUCCAUUUAA